UACCACAACCGUUCGCGACCCUCCUCCCACAAGGAACAUAUGAUCGCUCUUCCCAAAUAGAAUCAAAACAAACUCUCUGAUGACAUUUCGUAGAUGUUUUUGUUUUUGCUCAGAUUCGAAGUGACGGUACGAACUGGGUUGAUUUCCAACAAUGUUUGCCUAGAGAAGUAUUCAGUGCAGUUAGUGUAAGGCCGCAGACACAAAGACAGUUCCGCGAAAUGAGUUUCAGUCUUCCAACAACGAAAACUCUGGACGAGGAAGUGAAUAUUUCCACUUCGACCACAUCGACUACUCCGAGCCCUGGAAUGGAGGACGGCGACCCACAGCCCGAGAUUCCGCAGUCGGACGAUAGCGUGCAGUUUAUCUUUGUACCGCUAGCCGUUUUUAUAACUGUGAUCUUCCUGUCGGCAAUGGUCUAUCUUAUGGCUCGCACAAAGCGCAAAAUGAUUACUCGAAUCUACAAUAGAGUCAGAUCGUCAUCCGAUUAUACAAUGCUCGAACCUUCUGACGUCGAACACGAUGAAGACAACGAAGACGAUCCGAACGAGUGCCUACUAGCAGGAAAACUGCAGAUAGAAAAUAGAUAUGAUUCGUAUUCCAUUCACUCGUACAACUGUUCACAACGAGAGCUCUACACCUAAAGUGCAACAAACAUUACCAAAGACUUAACUUUAUUAUAUUUACCGCAGAAGCAACGUUGCCUAUGCUUUUUACCAGUAUUUCAAAAAGAACAGAAUUGAAAUCUCCACGCUAUUCUCCAGUCAUUCAAUUUAGGGGAAAAACUUAAUUGAACAAUUUUAGAAUCAAGGAAUCUAACCAAAAAAGAAAAAAUCUCAUCUACUUAUUUAAAAAAUUACAAUUUAUUGCACUCUAUGGCUAAACGCAUUGCUAUGUAGUGUUACUUCUUACAACACUUUUGUCGCCACUUGUAAACUAAGGACUUCGGACCAUCCCACUAUGGAUAAAGGGGAGCAGCUGCUUGUCAGUCGGUUUGAAAAGCUCUGGAUGUAAGAUCGUAGAAGCCGAAGAAGAUGGCGCCGCCUAAGGUGAUCCAAAUGACCCGUGGCACGACUCCUGCGAAAAGCCUGUGAGAGGAAAAGAGUGAAAAUUUAUUAUGAAUGUUUGUUACAGCAACACCAAUUGCAUUUAGAUAACAGUAUUAGUUUAUGUGUGAUACGGAAGAGAGCGAGAGGUACGUUAUGUUAAAAGAUUGAAUUUGUUUUUAUCUCAAUUUAGUACCUUAAGUGUUCCUUGGGUUGUUUAGCUUUUAUCUCGAAUAGUCUAAUAAAAUAUUAUGUUUGAAAAA